AUGGACCACCCCUCUAAAACACUCCAGGAGAAGAACUUGGAGGAAAUCACCGCUGCCUUACUGGACGAAAAGUACCUGGUUAAUGGCUUCGGCGUGGCCAGCAGUCAGUGGGAGGCCGGCAAGCUGGCCAAGGUGUACCAGCGGCUCCUCAGUGUGCACAGCGAUAUCUUUGACUUCGAGGACGAGGCGGCGCCGCUGUCCCGCCACCUCGCGCACGUCUGCAAGUGCCUCAGACUCCUGGGGAUUGGCUACCUGGCGCCAAAGCUGCAGGACCUGACGGACAAGUCACGGGCGCUGCGGAUCAUUUCGGCGCUCGAUGACAAGAUAUCCGCUAAGUACAAGUCCCACAUGGCAGCACGCAGGGUCCGAAUGGUCAUGAAGAAGGAAGAUCAGAAGUCACGUCUGAAGCCACGCCCGGCCACAGCCCAGGAAGAGACCGUUGUCCCUGAGCGUGUCAAGGCCAGCCACCCGGACACGCCUGACUCCCAGAAGUACAUGAUUCCUUCAGGCCGGCAGCUGCAAAGGACUCCAGUGGGUCAAGAAAAGCACAAACCUAGCCAACCUGCCAUAUGUGGAUAUGAAAGCCUUACCUGCAUCACCAGUAACAGUGAGGCUGACACUGCCAUUCCCAGCAUUGACAAAAGAGCCACCUCCACCUCCAGUAAUGAGGAAAGUACUGACGGAAGCCCCGCCUCUCCCAGCAUGGCCAAGAGUUUACGCCCCCCCUCUCUUACCAGAAAUAAUGAAAACCAAUAUGCCAUCACCAGCCAAGAUAGAACCCAAGCCCCUAUCACCAUUAACAGUGGUAUUGUGGCUCCCAUCACCAGCAACAAUGAUAGGGUGGCUCCCAUCACCAGCAACAAUGAUAGGGUGGCUCCCAUCACCAGCAACAAUGAUAAGGUGAGCCCCGCCACCAGUAACAAUGAUAAGGUGAGCCCUGCCACCAGUAACAAUGAUAAGGUGAGCCCCGCCACCAGUAACAAUGAUAAGGUGAGCCCCGCCACCAGUAACAAUGAUAAGGUGAGCCCCGCCACCAGUAACAAUGAUAAGGUGAGCCCCGCCACCAGUAACAAUGAUAAGGUGAGCCCCGCCACCAGUAACAAUGAUAGAGUGAGCCCUGCCACCAGUAACAAUGAUAAGGUGAGCCCCGCCACCAGUAACAAUGAUAAGGUGAGCCCCGCCACCAGUAACAAUGAUAAGGUGAGCCCCGCCACCAGUAACAAUGAUAGAGUGAGCCCUGCCACCAGUAACAAUGAUAAGGUGAGCCCCACCACCAGUAACAAUGAUAAGGUGAGCCCCACCACCAGUAACAAUGAUAGAGUGAGCCCUGCCACCAGUAACAAUGAUAAGGUGAGCCCCGCCACCAGUAACAAUGAUAGAGUGAGCCCCGCCACCAGUAACAAUGAUAGAGUGAGCCCCACCACCAGUAACAAUGAUAGAGUGAGCCCCACCACCAGUAACAAUGAUAAAGUGAGCCCUGCCACCAGUAACAAUGAUAAGGUGAGCCCCGCCACCAGUAACAAUGAUAGAGUGAGCCCUGCCACCAGUAACAAUGAUAAGGUGAGCCCCGCCACCAGUAACAAUGAUAGAGUGAGCCCCGCCACCAGUAACAAUGAUAGAGUGAGCCCUGCCACCAGUAACAAUGAUAGAGUGAGCCCUGCCACCAGUAACAAUGAUAGAGUGAGCCCCGCCGCCAGUAACAAUGAUAGAGUGAGCCCCACCACCAGUAACAAUGAUAGAGUGAGCCCUGCCACCAGUAACAAUGAUAGAGUGAGCCCCACCACCAGUAACAAUGAUAGAGUGAGCCCCACCACCAGUAACAAUGAUAGAGUGAGCCCCACCACCAGUAACAAUGAUAGAGUGAGCCCCGCCACCAGUAACAAUGAUAGAGUGAGCCCCGCCACCAGUAACAAUGAUAGAGUGAGCCCCACCACCAGUAACAAUGAUAGAGUGAGCCCCACCACCAGUAACAAUGAUAGAGUGAGCCCCACCACCAGUAACAAUGAUAGAGUGAGCCCCACCACCAGUAACAAUGAUAGAGUGAUCCCCGCCACCAGUAACAAUGAUAGAGUGAGCCCCGCCACCAGUAACAAUGAUAGAGUGAGCCCCACCACCAGUAACAAUGAUAGAGUGAUCCCCGCCACCAGUAACAAUGAUAGAGUGAGCCCCGCCACCAGUAACAAUAAGGUGUGUCCUGCCACCAGCUUUGGUACCACUAAAAGUGACAGCCCAUCCUUCACCACCAGUAGUAGUGAUGACAGCCCUGCCUUCACCAUCUCCAGUAAUGCUAGAAGCCUCAUCACUAAUAAUGAAAGUUUCAGUACCAUCAGUAACAAUGAAAGUUUUGGUACCACGAAUAGUGACAGCCCUUCAUUCACUAUUAGUAAUCAUGAAAGCCUCAUCCUUAGGAGCAACCGAAGCUCAUUGACCACAUCCUGCAAUGAGAGCCUGGAAUGUGGAGGCAGCAGCGACUCUGCUUAUCUUAUGCUUGCCAAGGAACAGUGCACUCGCAUGGGUAUGGAUCUGACUCUGCAAAAAGAUAGUGAAAUCACAUAUGUCAUAGCCACAGAUGAUAAACACACUGGCUACAACAGCCACAAGAAAGCAAAUGUUACUUUCCAAAGAGAAAAUGACAAAACCUAUUAUGUGCCCACUGAAGAUAAACUUAGUGGUUACAACAGUGACAAGGAAGCAAACAUGACACCCUCUAAAAAUGUUGAUGUUACAUAUGCUGUACCCACAACUGAUAAACAUUGUGGUUAUAGCAGUCAUGAAGAAACAACUGUGAAAUCUCGGCCAGAUGUUGAUGCCACAUACGUUGUACCUACUAACAAACCUUUUAAUGUGUCAAACUUUGGUAUGGAAAAUGAUGAGUUUUUGUUGAAUGAUACUGUUAUCAAGAUGGCUGAUGACACAUUUGUGCUGGGUAAAAUUCCAAAUGAAUCAUUGCUUUAUGCCAAUGAUCAUGAUGACAGUCUACAGAUAUUUCCAAACAAACGAAAAGCCAAUCAAAAGGCAGGUCCUCAUAGUGAGGCCAAGGAAAAGAGGGAGUGCACCUUAGAUGUUAAAUCUGCUGUGCUCGCAAAAAUCCUAAAGGAAUCUGAUAGAAAUGAGGAGAGGCAGGUUGAUGCUGAACUGCAAGCUGAGGUGUUUGGCACAUCUGUAGAGGGAGACACUUGUGGCACAACCGAAGAGAGCCUGAACUCCACAGUUCACGAAGAGGAAAACUGUAAGAAAAUGAUAAUUGAGGAGUUUGAUAAUUCAAAGAAAGAUAAUCCCACUUACACAGAAACAAGAGAUCUCAAAUCAAAUAGUGGGACAAAGAAAAGUGCUAAAAAAGAUGCCAAAAUAGAAAGCAAGAAAUGUAUUGCCACAGAUGAAGAUUCGAAGGACAUUUUAAUGAAGCAAGUGAAAAGCAGCGGUUGUCCAAAGAAAAACCGUCAGAAGAACACUGAAGUGAGCUGCUAUGAAGAGGAAGAUAAAGAAAAUAUAGAAUCAAAAGAAGUCAAGCCAAGGAGCAAACCAAAGAAAAAAACUGAAGUGAAGCCUCUUGAAGACAUUAUACAGAGAAGCAAAUGUGAAAUGAAAGCAGCAGUAAAGACAACUGAAACAGUAGAUGAGAUAAUAAAUGAUGAAAGCAAAACAAAAGGAAGAGGUACAGAAAGGAGCAGUCGAAGAACAAAAGGAAAAGAAUCUUUUGUUGAUUCUCCUGAUGACAUAUUCUUUAAGUCAAAGUUUGAUAAAGCAAAAGACGUAAAAAUAGAGACCGGAGACCUAAAAAACACAGUGGUAGAUGACAUGAAGAAUGUUGUAAAACCUAAAGGAAGAAGGAAGGCAGCUCACAAAAGGUCAUCUAGUGAUGAUGAAGCUGUAACAAAAGAUUUGAAAGCAGUUAAAGGUAUAAAAUUAGUAACUGAGGAAUUCAACAAUACAUUGACCAAAGAUGUAGAGAUUGGAUCUGUGCAAAGAAGAGGAAGAAGACAGAGGGCAGUUGUCAAGUAUUUCAGUGAUGAUGAAGUGGAAAAUGAAAGUAUCAAAGCAGCUGAUGUGAAAUUAUACACCCAAGAGCUUAAAGAUACUGAAAAUACAAUGACACUCACCCAUGAUGCUGAGAAGAAAGGUGUGAAAUCAAGAGGAAGGAGACAGAAAAUAAUCCACAAGAAGUUUUCAAGCUCUAAUGAAACAGAAACAGAUGCCACAAUGAAUACCACAACAGCUGAGAGUUUGAAAUUUAGGACUGAGGGGCCUCAAAAUACAGUGACUUGUGACAUACAGAUGAAGAGUGUGAAAUCCAAAGCAAGGAGGCAGAGGGCAAACCACAAGAAGUCCAGUGACGAUGAAGCAGAACUGAAUGACACAAAGAUGAGUGUAACAGCAGCUGAAGGUAUAAAGUUAGACACUGGGGGCUUUGAAAGUGUGAUAAUACAUGGCAUCAAGAAGAAAACUGUGAAAUCUAAAGGAAGGCAGAGGGCAAUCCUCAAGAAGUCUCCCAGUGAUGCUGAAACAGAACUGGAUGACACAAAGAUGAGUGUCAAAGCAGUUAAUGGUGGGAAAAUAGAUACUGCACAGCUUGAAAGUACAAUAGCAGAUGACACAGAAAAUAAAUCUAUAAAAUCAAAAGGGAGGAAAGGGAGGGCUAUUCACAAAAAAAUCCCCACUGACUAUGAAACAGAAAUGAAUGACAUCAAGAUGAGUGUGGCAGCUGCUCAAGAUGUAAAAUCACACACUGAGGAGUUUGAAUGUUCUGUAGCUCAUGACAGUGGAAAGAAAUCUGUAAAAUCAAAAGGGAGGAAACAGAGGGCUGUCCAGAAAAAACUUCCCAUUGAUGAUGAAACAAAAAUGAACGACACAAAGGUGAGUGUUGCAGCAGCUCAAGAUGUAAACUCAUGCACUGAAGAGCUUGAAUGUUCUGUGGCUCAUGACAUUAAGAAAACAGCUGUGAAAUCGAAAGGAGGACGGAGAGCAACUCGCACAAAGUUUUCAAGCGAUGAUGGAACAGAAACACAAGAUGCCAAGAUAAUUACUGCAGUCAAGAGUGAAAAUGAUGAGACUAAAGUGACGGGCAGGAAGGGCAAGGGGAAGAGUGAGGAGAAUGAGGAGCCACAUGUAGCUUCAAGAGGACGUAGAUGUAAAUCCAAGGCCAUAGAAGCAAUGAAAGCCAUGUUAGAUGAUUCUUAUUCCUGAAUCAUUGUAGUGCCUUUUUUGUGCUUUUAUAAGACUUAUUUUAUAAUGGUCGUCUUAGUGUUUUAUUUAUAGCUGGCUGCUGUAGUCUGCGCUAGGCUCUCCACGUAAAGCAAUGUUCAGCCCAUGGGAACAGCUGCCUUGCCAUGCAUCAUGACACUGUUCCUUAAGGCUAUUUUAAAAUAUGCUCUGCUGAUACUGUAUUUUUGCUGACUUGGGAAAAGAAUGUAAUCUAGUUAUUUAUUUUUCAUUGGCAUAAUUGAUUGAUAAUUACCAAAAACCUAAUACUGCAGCUGUACACUAUAGUGUAUGCUCCCACCUUUACCUUUUACCACUAUGAUGUACUAAGCAGGUUAGGGUGAGAGGAUUGAAGCUUUUGCCAUGUAAUGAACCUUGUUGUGCUGUCGCUGGCAUGGAUUACAGGCAUGAGUGAAUGUUUACUGAAUAGAUGUAUUGUCAGUCAUGGGAAAGUAGUAUCAAAAGAAUAUUUGCUUUUUAUGUGUAUUUUAUUGUAAAUAGUGAAUCAAUGGGAUUUUUUUCAAUAAAGAUUAAGUAAAAAUUUGUUUUCAAAUACCUU